UCGUCCGACUGUUCUGUCUUUUUUUACAACUACAUCAUAAGGCAGUGUAGUUAGUGCUUCGUUCAACAAUGCAAACCAGGAGGAGAUAUCAUCAAGAAUGGCGCAUUUUCUUACUGAUCAUUCUGGCGAAUGGUGCAUCGUGCGAUGUUCCAUGUGGAAAAAGCAACAUCACCCUCAGCAACUCAACACAGACUUCAGAAACACUGACUUCGCCUUAUUACCCAAACAACUAUCCCAUCAAUGCCCGGUGCAUUUGGUACAUCACAGUUGAUGAAGGCUCCACGAUAGCCUUUCGUUUCUCCGUGUUCAAUACGGAGCGAACAUACGACACGUUGACCAUUGGCAACGGCCACGAGUCAUCCGAUGGUGACUCUGUUAUUGGUCGUUUUAGCGGCUUCCUGACGAAUCUAUCCGUCGAUUCCAAUAACCACACGGCAUGGAUGGAGUUUACCAGCGAUUCUUCGGUAACCGAGAUCGGAUUCGAGGUAAAGAUCACUCAAGAAAGCUAUGAAGGUUUUUGCGGAGAAAGAAACAUCACUCUCAGCAACUCAACACAGACUUCAGAAACACUGACUUCGCCUUAUUACCCAAACAACUAUCCCAACAAUGCCCGGUGCAUUUGGUUUAUCACAGUUGAUGAAGGCUCCACGAUAGCCUUCCGUUUCUCCGUGUUCAAUACGGAGCGAACAUACGACACGUUGACUAUUGGCAACGGCCACGAGUCCUCCGAUGGUGACUCUGUUAUUGGUUUUUUUAGCAGUUCCCUGACGAGUCUAGCCGUCAUUUCCAAUAACCACACGGCAUGGGUGGAGUUUACCAGCGAUUCUUUGGUAACAGAGGUCGGAUUCGAGGUAAAGAUCACUCAAGAAAGAUCUGAAGGUUCUUGUGGACAGGAUGAAUUUGCAUGCCAGGAUGAAUCAUCUGGCUUGAUUUGUUUGGCAAGUGACGACACCUGUGAUGGUGAUGGCUUUACACUGUGCCCAGAUGGAUCAGAUGAAUCUAACUGCAGUCCAUGCGGAAAAAGCAACAUCAUCCUCAGCAACUCAACACAGACUUCAGAAACACUAACUUCGCCUUAUUACCCAAACAACUAUCCCAACGAUGCCCAGUGCAUUUGGUUCAUCACAGUUGAUGAAGGCUCCACAAUUGCCUUCCGUUUCUCCGUGUUCAAUACGGAGCAAACAUACGACGCGUUGACCAUUGGCAACGGCCACGAGUCCUCCGAUGAUGACUCUGUCAUUGGUCUUUUUAGCGGUGUCCUGACGAGUCUAGCCGCCGUUUCCAAUAACCACACGGCAUGGAUGGAGUUUACCAGCGAUUAUUGGGUAACCAAAAUCGGAUUUGAGGUAAAGAUCACUCAAGAAAGCUAUGAAGGUUAUUGCGGCAAAAGAAACAUCACUCUCAGCAACUCAACACAGACUUCAGAAACACUGACUUCGCCUUAUUACCCAAACAACUAUCCCAACAAUGCCCGGUGCAUUUGGUUCAUCACAGUUGAUGAAGGCUCCACGAUAGCCUUCCGUUUCUCCGUGUUCUAUACGGAGCAAACACACGACGCGUUGACCAUUGGCAACGGCUACGAUUCAUCCGAUGGUGACUCCAUUAUUGGUCUUUUGAGUAGUUCCCUGCCGAGUCUAGCCGUCGUUUCCAAUAACCACACGGCAUGGAUGAAGUUUACUAGCGAUUCUUCGGUAACCGAGAUCGGAUUCGAGGUAAACAUCACUCAAGGAAGACCUGAAGAUUAUUGCAGCAAAGGAAACAUCACUCUUAGCAACUCAACACAGACUUCAGAAACACUGACUUCGCCUUAUUACCCAAACAACUAUCCCAACAAUGCCCGGUGCAUUUGGUUCAUCACAGUCGAUGAAGGCUCCACGAUAGCCUUCCGUUUCUCCGUGUUCAACACGGAGCAAACACACGACACGUUGACCAUUGGCAACGGCCACGAGUUCUCCGAUGGUUACUCUGUUAUUGGUCAUUUUAGCAGUUCCCUGACGAGUCUAGCCAUCGUUUCCAAUAACCACACGGCAUGGAUGAAGUUUACCAGCGAUUAUUCGGUAACCGAGGUCGGAUUCGAGGUAAAGAUCACUCAAGAAAGACCUGAAGGUUUUUGUGGGAAAAGAAACAUCACUCUCAACAACUCAACGCAGACUUCAGAAACACUGACUUCGCCUUAUUACCCAAACAACUAUCCCACCAAUGCCCAGUGCAUUUGGUUCAUCACAGUUGAUGAAGGCUCCACGAUAGCCUUCCGUUUCUCCGUGUUCAAAACCGAGCACACAUACGACACUGUGACCAUCGGCAACGGCCAUGCACCCCUCGAUGGUGAAUCCAUUAUUGGUCGUUUUAACGGUUUCCUGGCGAGUCUCGCCAUCUUUUCCAGUAACCACACAGCCUGGAUGGAUUUUGCGAGCGAUGGUUCAGUAACCAAGAUCGGAUUUAACGUAACGAUUACACAAGAAAGAUCUGAAUUUUCUUGCGGCAAAGAUGAAUCUGUAUGCGAGGAUGCCUCAUCUGGCUUGAUUUGUUUGACACGUGACGACACCUGUGGCGGCUUUCUACUGUGUCCAGAUGAAUUAGAUGAAUCGAACUGCGGUCCUUGCAGAGAAGAUCAAUUUCAGUGCUCCGUGUCGGGACUUUGUAUACCUGCUUCCAAACAUUGUGACGGGGUGCUUUCGUGUGACGACAACACUGAUGAAUCUGGCUGCGAGCACUGCGGUGGAAUCUCCACCAUCAAUGUGACCAACGGCCACUCUUUCGUUCAUCAAAUGAACUACGAGCCGGACGACGUCAACUUUCCGUUGGGCCGACAUUGCGUGUGGUACGUCACCGCAUCGGAGGGGUAUCGCGUUAAGAUCACCUUCAGGGAAUACAUGUUAUCGCAAAACAGUGCUUUAUUGUUCGGUCACGGGGAAGUACAGUUUUCGAACAUCGAGGCGUUGAGCAGGCAUGGCACGUAUACCAAGCUGCAUAUAAUUUCAGAGACUAACAAUCUGUGGAUAGCGCUGGUCAUUUCUACUAGCAUGACGUCUGCCAAUCGUGUGAGCUUGGAAAUCGAGGAACUAAGGCCAGUAGAAUGUAACGAUGCUGAAUUUGCUUGCCCAUCCGGCCUUGCCUGCAUACCACGGAAUCAAGUUUGCGAUGGUUACCCACAUUGCCCUAUGAAAGGGGAUGAAUUUGGCUGUGGGUCAUGCUAUGAACAUCAGUUCCGGUGUCCAGAAGGUGGUUGCAUUGGGUCCCUGUACGAAUGCAAUGCCAUACCUGGCUGUCUAGAUCUGUGGGAUGAGAUGAACUGCUUUCCAUGCGGAGAAGGCAACACCAUCCUCGACUCAACGCAGACUUCAGCAACACUGACUUCAGUGUACUACCCAGAUGACUAUCCCAACAAUGCACUGUGCAUUUGGCUCAUCACAGCCGAUGUAGGCUCCGCGAUAGCCUUCCGAUUCUCCGGGUUUAAUACCGAGAAAACCUACGACAUGGUUACCAUUGGCAACGGCCACGCGCCCUCCAGUACUGACUCCGUCAUUGGUAGUUUUAGCAGUUCCCUGACGAGUCUAGCGGUUUUCUCCAACAACCACAUAGCCUGGAUGAAGUUUACAAGCGAUUCUUCCAUAAACCGUGUCGGAUUCCAGGUAACGAUCACACAAGAAAGAUCGGAAGUUUCUUGCAGAGAAAAUGAAUUUGAAUGCAAGGAUAACUCAUCUGGCUUGAUUUGUUUGGCACAUAACGCCAAAUGUGAUGGCUUUGCACUGUGCCCAGAUGGAUCAGAUGAAUCUCUUUGUGAUGAAUGUGGAUCGCAUAACAUCUCGGUAUACAAAGAUAUCAUUAACCUCAAUUCACCGGGCUACCCAAACCGGUACCCGAAUAACCACGACUGCAUCUGGUACAUCAAAGGUCAGUCGAAGCAAGUAGUCACUAUGCGGAUCAAGGAUUUCGAAAUGGAGGAAACGUACGAUUAUUUGGUGGUCGUUUUUCUUGCGAAUGGGGAGGAUCCCAAAGAGCUCUUCCGUCUUACGGGGGCGGAUAUCUCGAGGCGGACGGUGACGUGGCGUCAUGAUGAUGGAGUUCUCAAGUUGGAAAUGAAGACGGAUCUAACCAUCGCACGUCGCGGGUUCUCCAUUCUGAUAAAUCACAUUGAAGAAGAGGAUUUGGAGGCAUUGUGUAAACCUGAUGAGUUCCAUUGCGGCAAUGGUUUCUGUAUCACCAAUUCGUCCCUCUGCAAUGGUUUCCUGGAUUGCAUAAAUUAUGAAGAUGAACGUAACUGCGACGACAUCUUCUGCCCAGGUUCCUACAAGUGCAACAACCUCAGCACCAGUUCAAUGUCUUCUUCCUUCACUGACAACCUUUCUCAGGCGCAGUGUAUUCCAUUGGCGCAAGUUUGUGACGGAGAGGAGAACUGCCCAGAGUCUGACGACGAAAUUCAGUGCGAUAUGAAGCGAUGUCCCGCUGGUUGCGAGUGUAGCUACAAGGGCACAGACUUGGUAGUCCAUUGCAAAAAUGGCUGGGAUUCCUCGACAUUAGCGGGCUUGGCACUAAUAACACAUACUCUUCAGCUCUCCGGAGUCAACAUUAGUAAGCUGGACCAGGGAAUGUUCAAAGCGAUGUCACAUCUCAAAGUGUUGUCAUUAAAAAACAAUCGUAUAUCCGAGAUUCAGGAACGCACAUUUGACGGCCUGGAAAACCUGUUGUGGCUGGACCUGUCAAAUACAUUGAUAACUGAGCUGCAAGGUUCUGCUAUGGAGGAAUUGUCUAGUCUACGGGGAAUCACAAUUUUUGAUGUGCCGUUGACGAGAAUCAAGUCCAAUGCAUUUUCUGGUCUCAGCCAGGUGAAAACGUUGAUAAUUGUCCGCAACAUCGAAGGCCUACCACGACUUGUAGUAGAAGAUAAUGCAUUUCAAGGACUUGAUAAUGUGAAAGAGUUGUAUGUAGAUGACCACAGACUGUGUUGUUUCUUCCCCUCGUCCGAGUGUAAGACGCUUGAGCCACAGCCUCCACUUUUCAUGUGCAGCGAACUGAUGCCUAGGAUGGUCCUCAAAGUAUUCAUGUGGAUUCUUGGUAUUAGCGCCCUCGUCGGCAACAUCUAUGUCAUGGUGUGGCGAUGUCGGGAAAGGACAGAGGGCAGAGAGAGCCGAGUUGUUCUGUCUUUCCUGGUGUUUAAUCUAGCUGUGUCGGAUGCCCUUAUGGGGUUGUACAUGCUGAUCAUAGCCUGUGCUGAUGCGUAUUUCGGAAAGAGCUAUUUUACUGUGUCUAUGGAAUGGCGGACGAGUCCUAUGUGCCAGUUUGCUGGGUUUAUUUCCAUCAUCGGCACCGAGGCUUCUGUGUUCUUUCUCACACUCAUCAGUAUAGACAGGUUUCUUUCAAUUGUCUUCCCGUUCAGCCAUUACCAUCUUCGUCCGAAGUCAUCUCGGAUUGCUGCAUUGUGUGUCUGGAUUGGUACGGUGAUCGUUGGACUGGUCCCGACAAUACUUGCGUCCGACUCUUCAUCUGAUGUUUACGGCCUCUCUGAUGUUUGCAUUGGGCUGCCACUGAUGACUAAAGUUACUGAAUAUGAGACGGUGGAUCAGCAGAUUGAUGCUGGGGGCGUGGCGAACAUCACUGUGGGGAUACCGUAUCCUGUCGAUUACCGAGCAUCCUGGUUCUUCUCCAUCGCUCUGUUCCUCGGGGUCAACCUUCUGUGCUUCACCGUAAUCCUCAUCUGCUACAUUGCCAUCUUCAGGCGAGUCCGAGCAUCGAGCAAGAAGGUGAACCGCAGUAAGAAAGGCCGGGACGAUGAACAGCGUUUGGCCAUCAAGAUGGCCGCCAUCAUCCUGACGGAUUUUGUCUGCUGGGUACCGGUCAUCAUCAUGGGUAUUCUGUCACAGGCCCGCGUGGUGGAGAUACCAACGGAAGCCUAUGCCUGGAUUGUCGUUUUCAUCCUUCCCAUCAACUCCUCUCUCAACCCCUACCUCUAUACCAUUGCAGAUCUGUGCUACCAACAACAGAAGGCUGCUUCUGUAAGGAGGAAGUCUAAGCUGGCCAUGAAGGGCCUUCGUUCCACUUCGGAGAACCCAUCAAGUAUUGCUGUUGUGAACUCGGUGACCUCACAAACCCAAUUAAGUGGAUAGCAAACAUGGAAUGGGUGAUGCAUAAUAUAAUUUACUUAUUGCCUCUUCUUUUUUGUUAAACUACCAGAUUUAUUUCCAAACUGGACAGAGUAAUACCGAAAAUGCACAAUGUAAUAUUGCAUCUGGUCUGUAUACUAUAUAAUUAUACAUGUACAUGUACUCAGUUUUUGGUUUUGUUUUGGUGAAUUAAAGGUCAAGUUACGUCCCCUUCCUGGUGGACAAUGGGGGACAACGCUGAUUGUGCCUUUCAGUUCUGCUCUUCAACUUGGUGUGAUUCUGAGCGUCUUGUACCAUGCAUGUAUUGCAGCUCGCCAGCCAGACUUUGUGAGGAGAACCAGUUUUGGUCGAUCCCAAAUACUUUUAAAUCAUCUCUGAUGGCAUCUUUCCAGCAUUUCUUUGGUCUUCCUUGAGGGCGGGUACUUGCGAGAGCUCUCCAAAUAAGACUUGUUGUGGGAGCUGUCAUCUGGUAUCCGACAGACGUGUCCGAGUGAUCUAAGUCUUGAUGACCUUAUUUGGUUGUAACUGUGGAGAGGCCAGCACAGUGGAGGACUUUCACAUUGGUUAUCUUAUGCCAACAGCGAAUACCAAGAAUCUGUAUUAACCUUCCAGGGUAUUUUAAAAACCCUGACAUGAACACAGUAACAUGCAACACUUGUCUAAAUGACAAGCCUGCCCACUGCAGCAAGAUCCAUCAGGUCAAAAGUCUCGAGGCCAAACUGCCUCAAGAGUCUGUAGUCACCGAAUACAGCAGGAUACAACUGUGGCAUUGUUCAAUGGGACUAGCUCUAAUUGUCUCAGAAUUGGCCGUUUAUGCAUCGGUGAUAAUGACUCAAGGUGCCACAGAUGUUUACACCUGAUGCACUGUGUUGCGUCUGGCAGGCUUUUAGGGUUAAGCAACGUUGGCGAAACAUUUGUAGUUGUAAUUGUUUACACACAGUUGCCCAUGUUUCUGACCCAUAAGCAAGAUUACUUGAAUGCAUUGAUCUUUGUUGUCUUGGAGAGACUUGAUUUUUUACACAUCCGCUCUAGGAUUGAAUGGAAAGUGUGGGGUACAGAUAUUUACUUAUUUCUGCUUCUUUUUCCUUACUCGCCAGACUUUAUUCCAAAAUGUUUAAUAAGUUUAAAUAGAGUAAAACGAACAGUGCAUGUUGUAAAAAAAAAUCUUUCUUAAGCAACGUUGGUGAGACAUAUCUCUAUAGUUGGUGUGUUUACACAGAGUUGCCCAGGUUUCUGACCCAUAAUGGAGGAUGGGCCUGAUGUUUUCCAUAGCCGGGAUUGGAAUAAAUGGAACGACUGGGAUGCUGAGGUUAUUCUUCGCUUGAUCUCACCAUCGAGUGAGCCAUCUUCUGUGACCUUGCCACCAAGGUAGACAAUAGAGUUCAGCUGGGUCUUUUCACGGGGGACCAUCCAGCGACACAGAGGGAGCGUCACUUUGGUAAAGUAGUGGAGUUCAGUUGAGAUUAAUACAAUGUAUGUAACUUCCGUCAUGACGCCAUUAAUUGCCUUUUAGCCUUUGAAAAAUAUUUACCUAUUGCAGCUUCUUCUUUUUUAAAUGUUUAAAAUGUUUAAAUUUUUAAAUAGAGUAAUACUAACAAUUCGUACGUUGUAAAAAAAAAAAGAAGCUCGUUUUAAUAUUCUUUAUAAUAAGCAUCAGGUCUUUCAUAUUUUAUAAUUAUACAUUUACUCAGUGUUUGGUUAUAUUUCGGUAUAUUAAAGGUCAUGUCACCUAUCCGUCCUGGUGGACGAUGGGGGACUACGUUGAUGUCGACUUUCAAGGCACAGGUCUGCUCUUUCGGCUUGGUGUGACUCUGAGCGUCUUCUGCAAUCAUCAUAUUGCAGCUCAAGCUAGAGUAUUGCUAUUUCAGUUAAGAUUAAUAACAUGCAUGUGUAACUUCCUCCAACGCCAAAAUAGAUGUACAUUUAUAUUUAGACGACAGUGCCAUUUAGCUUUAAAAUGAAUUUCUUGCAGAUUUUUUUUUUUUACAAUUUUAUAUACAGUAGACCUUACAAUAAUGAACGUUGUAAAAAAAAAGGUUUGUCCUUGGAAUUGUACAAAUUAUUUCAUUUUAAAUUCAUUAUAAUAAUCAUCUUUCAUGUUUUAUAAUUAUAAUACUCAGUUUCUGGUUUUCUUUUGGUAAAUUAAAGGUAUUAUGCUUGGUAAUGUAAGUAAUCAAGAAAUUAUGGUGCAUGGACAGGUAUAUUAAUGAUUUUGCCUCCAUUUAUUGCCAUUAUUCAGAAAACUCUUGGCGUUUAUAUCGUACCUUGAUAUAUUUGAAAUAAAAUCAUGUUCACUUAGAUAUUAUGCUUUGAAAUCAUUGCUGUAACUCGCGUC